GUUGAAGGAGUACAUCUCGAAUGAGUUAAAGUCUCAGUUGAGAUCAUUUUCUUUGAAAUUUAUGGACAAAGGAGAAGGUGUAGGUGGUAUUGACCGAGAGUUGGAGGAGGAUGCUGCUGCGGAAACGGGGAAGAAGGCAGAGUGCAGCCAGGCCGUGGAGGAGUCCCCGUUGAAGUCCCCUGUCCGUUCGAAGACUAAUGUUGUUGGUCUAUCCGACGAAAAUGUGGUGGAUUCUGUAAGUACGCCUUCACUAUUUGUUACAAAAUCUGUUGAAGAUGAAGGUGCUGCACAUAAGACCUUCGACGAUGAGGACUUUGAUAUACUCGAAGUGGCAUCUUUCUGGAAUAAAGGCAAAGCCCCCGUCAAAUCAAAGAAGUCACAGUCGGAGAAUGUGCCUUUAAUUGAGGAUGACUUCAACGAUAAGGCGUACGAGCAAUUCAUUGAGUCGGGCAGAACUGUUGUCGGGCCAUUCAAGACGAAGGAAGCGAUCCCCCGUAACCAAUAUGGGUUUUACAAGUUUAUUUUUAGCAACACGUUAGAUCCGGGAUAUGUGCUUGCGAAAUUUCGAAAGUUUGAAGUGGAUAGGAGGUGCAUGGCAUCGUUGCGACCGUUGCGAGAAGUUGAGGGAUCCAUCAUUGACUGUUUUUCUAUACUAAUGAACAAGUACGAACGUGAUAGUCGAUUACCUGACCAACCUCGUGUUUGGUACAUGCCCACUCGCAUCUCGCAAAAAACUCUCGGUUCGUUUAAUGUGAAGAGGAUUGCGAAAGACCGGAGUGGUCAAAAUUGUUUUACGAAGACAACUUCGAAAAAUGCGUCAAGAUGUUUGUCUUAG